ACGCAUUUACCCAGUGGAGGGUUGCAUAACAAAUCUUGUAAGAAGUGCCAAAGAAAAGAUGCUGUUCUGUAUACACAUGCAACAGGCAUGUUGUGAGUGGGAGGUAAACACGAACAACUACUCGAUCUGCGAGAGGUGCUGCUCUUUUCAUUGUGGAGCAUCUUCGCCAAUCUUCGCGGUGGGCGCAUCAGAGCCAGGUUGUGUGGCGCGGGUCGUCAGAACUUCAGCCUUUUUCGUCAAGUGAAAAAGCUCUGCCUUAUAAGGAUGGCGUUUGUCAAUAAAAGCCAGGUCUUUGUUUUCUUGGUGCUGCUGCUCCAGCUUGUUCAAUUUGGAGCGACGGUCGAUUUCAAGUCGCUGAUUCCACGCUCAAAAAAGGUCAAUGGAGAAUACAUGUAUCGGCAUGCGACCGACGACUGGGAGAAAAGCGGCGCGGUGGCUGACCGAUGGGAAGAGCGCAAGAAUGGAGUAGUUCGUGGACAAUACGCCCUCUUGCAACCCGACGGGAAAAUUCGCACGGUGGACUACAUUGUGCACGAGCCAGGCAAAGGCCCGGGUGGCUUCAAAGUGGUCGUCCGCUACUGGCCCGGUCCUCAGCAGCUCAUGAGCUCAAUGACCUUGAGUGAAACACUCGCAAACCACCCUCAACCUGCCAUCAAUAAUUACGCCCUAUACGGCAAAGCUGUGGAUGACGACCAGUCGGAGAGAAUCAGGCGCUCAUUGAAAAUGUAUGCUCCCUUGAGAGAGGAAAUGGAAGAAUACAAGCAAAAGACCAGAUUGCCUUUUGAAGAGGACGUCAGGCAUGUCAAAGCGCGGAAAUUCGCCAGGAGGGCUAGCAGUAGAUAAUUUUUUAAAUGCAAAUAGUUUGUAAUUUAAUUCACAUCUAGUCCUGGCAAACGGACGCUAUUGAAUUUUUGAGCCCAACUAACAUUAUGUUUAGUAUUUAUUUGCUAUAAUUUAAGCUGCCGGAUAACAGUGGUAAUAAAUUGUUCCAUUUUCAAAUGAAAACUCAUUUAUUGAGGAUAACAUUAACUAACCUGUGGCUUCAUUUCUAGCCUUGGAUUAAUGUUCAUGGCUAGAAGUUCAGUAAAAAGUAGCUUUGUGGCAUAAGGCAUCCUCACUGUAGCAAUUUUCUCACUGCUGCGGCAAAGUUGGCACCAACCCUGGUAGCCAAAAGAGCCGCACUUUUCGCACACAUCCAUCAAGGCAACGUCGCUGGCUAGCAUCA